UGUAGGGGGCGUAAAACUACAUUCCCCAGCAGCGCUCCUGGCAGGGUGCUCGUCGUAGUUUUAUCUGCUGUUUCCCCGGCAGGGGGGAGGGGAGUUGUGGCAGUGGAGAGGGUCAUCGUUUUCGGGUUUGGACGAUGAACUGACCGGCUCAACAAUGUUCGGGAGGUCGAAGAGCUGGGUGAGCGGCUCCGGGCGGUCCUCCUCCAGCGUCCACUCCCUGGACCGGCUGAAGUACAUGUACCAUGUUUUAACAAAGAACACCACAGUUACAGACCUCAACCGCAAUUUGCUGGUUGAAACCAUUCGUUCCAUCACAGAGAUCCUUAUCUGGGGAGACCAGAAUGACAGCUCAGUGUUUGACUUCUUUCUGGAGAAAAACAUGUUUGUCUUCUUCCUAAACAUACUUCGACAGAAAUCCGGCCGUUACGUCUGCGGGCAGCUUCUUCAGACACUGAACAUGCUGUUUGAGAAUAUAAAUCAUGAAACCUCUUUAUAUUAUUUGCUGUCUAAUAAUCAUGUAAAUUCCAUCAUUGUUCACAAGUUUGACUUUUCUGAUGAGGAGAUCAUGGGAUAUUACAUCUGCUUCCUAAAGACGCUUUCUGUGAAACUCAACAGCCAUACUGUCCAUUUCUUCUACAAUGAGCACACCAAUGAUUUUGCUCUGUACACAGAAGCCAUUAAAUUCUUUAACCAUCCUGAACACAUGGUCAGAGUUGCAGUGAGAAACAUCACGUUAAAUAUUUAUAAAGUUAACAACCAGCCCAUGUUACACUACAUUAGAGAUAAAACCGCUGUACCAUACUUUUCCAAUCUGGUUUGGUUCAUUGGAAUUCAUGUCAUUGAGCUUGAUAAGUGCGUCCAGACAGAUGAAGAACACAAGAACCGGGGAAGCCUCAGUAACUUAGUAUCUCAGCACCUGGAUCAUCUGAACUAUCUCAAUGACAUUCUCAUCAUCAACUGCGAGUUUCUCAAUGAUGUGUUAACAGACCAUCUACUAAACAGACUACUGCUGCCCCUCUAUGUCUAUUCACUUGUGAACCAGGACCAGGCAGCAGACCGUCCACAAAUAAGUCCUCAAGUUUCCUUGUACCUGUUAUCCCAGGUGUUUUUAACAAUCCAUUACGCACCUUUGGUUGACUCGCUGGCAGAUGUCAUCUUGAAUGGCGACCUCUCUAUGUUCUCAUCUAAGCCAGAACAUGAUGUUCAACGGAGUUCCGGAGAAUCCAGUAUUAGAUGUUUCAUAAAGCCUCAAGAGAGUCUAGAGAAAUCCCUUGAGAUCAACCGGCAGAGAGGGAAAAAGAAGUUACAGAAAAGGCCAAACUACAAAAAUGUUGGUGAAGAGGAGGAGGAAGACAAGCCUACCGACGAUGGCCACGAAGACCCAGAUAAGGCAAAAUCAGGAGAGAUUGGUCCAAAAGGAGUGAAAACAAUUGGAGAAACUGAAGAAAUAGAAAUGGUGAUUAUGGAACGAUCAAAAGCAGCAGAAAAGCUAAUUUUGCAUGAAGAAAACACAACAGAUGAGGAGAAGAGUGCUGCUGCUGGGACUCAGGCUGGCCAGAGCAGGCCUUUCUUGGACAUGGUUUACAGCACGCUGGAGUGCACAGACCUUGACUACUAUACUCUGUUUGUCUUGUGUCUUCUUUAUGCUAUGUCUCAUAAUAAUGGAAUAAAUCCAGAAAAAUUGGAAAAAAUCCAGCUGUCAUUGAAGCCAGCUAAAGACAGCCGUUCCUACAACCAUGUGUUAGUAGAGAGAUUAAUUAGAAUAAUGAGUCAAGCAGCACACCCUGAUGGAAAAGUCCGUUUGGCCACCCUGGAGCUUGCAUGUAUUCUCCUGAAGCAUUUAGUUUUGAUUGAUGGCGAAUGUAUCAUAAAAGAUGUCCACCUAGCUUGUUUAGAGGGUGCGAGAGAAGAAAGUGUUCAUCUUCUACGUCACUUCCAUAAGGUAAAAUAUUAUCAGGGAGAGGAGAUUUUUCUGGACAUGUUUGAGGAUGAGUACAGGAGUAUGAUGAGCAAGCCAUUAAAUGUAGAAUACUUAAUGAUGGAUGAAUCCAUUUUGCUUCCUCCAACUGGAACUCCUCUUACUGGUAUUGAUUUUGUCAAGCGUCUACCUUGUGGGGAUGUUGAAAGAACACGCAGAGCAAUUCGAGUCUUUUUCAUGUUAAGGGCGCUGUCGUUACAAUUGCGGAAAGAACCAGAGACUCAGCUUCCUUUGACCCGGGAGGAGGACCUGAUUAAGACAGAUGAUGUACUUGAUCUCAAUAACAGUGAUUUAAUAGCGUGUACGGUAAUAACAAAGGAUGGAGACCAAGUUCAGAGAUUCCUGGCUGUGGACAUCUAUCAGAUGAGCCUGGUGGAACCAGACAGUAAAAGACUUGGUUGGGGAGUUGUGAAGUUUGCUGGUUUAUUACAGGAUAUGCAAGUAACUGGUGUAGAGGAUGACAGCAGAGCUUUGAAUAUAACUAUCCACAAACCAGCAUCAACUCCACACUCUAAACCAUUUCCCAUUCUUCAGGCUACGUUUAUCUUCUCUGACCAUAUCCGUUGUAUCAUAGCAAAACAAAGACUUGCAAAAGGGCGUAUUCAAGCUCGACGAAUGAAAAUGCAGAGAAUCUCUGCUCUCUUAGAUCUACCAGUCCAGCCAUCUAAAGAAGUGAUGGGUUUUGGACAUAGCUCCUCAUCAGCUCAGCAUCUGCCCUUUCGGUUUUAUGAACAAUCUCGCCGUGUUGGGAGUGACGUUGCCGUGCAACGCUCUGUCUUUGCGUCAGUUGACAAGGUACCAGGUUUUGCCGUAGCCCAAUGCAUAAACCAGCACAGCGCAUCACCAGCAUCUUCUCCAUCACCCCCCUCAAGUGGCAGCUCCAGCGGAAGCACUGGACAUUGUGAUUCUGUCACAGCCAGUUUAUCAUCUACUCCAUCUACGAUUCAGAGUCCAUCAGAUGAUUCUCCCACUCCUGACCAACCUUCAGUGACCAUUUACAGUCAGAUGGAGUCAGGCGAUGAGACUCAGUACACUGGAUCUAGAACUCGGAAAAGUUCAUUGCUAAAGGCAGACGGCGAAAUUACCAACUUGGCUCCCAGCCUGACUCCAGCACCCCAGCCAACCAUCUCCCUAAUAUCUGAUGAUAAUACUGAUGCACUCAGCGUGGAAUCUCUUACAUUGGUCCCGCCUGUUGAUCCGCAGAGUAUUCAUACAUUUAGCUUUAUCGUGGAAGCUUCAACAGAACCUGGAGAUGAGGUCCAGAAAGGAGAUGAAAAUGCUGAGCUCAGCGUGACUGACACGGCUGAUGUCAGUACAGCAGAAGAACAAGAUGGGCAUUAAGAAUGAAAACCAAUUCACUUCUAUUUUUACUAUGUAAAGUGUAAAGCCAUAUUGUCAGCAAUGUUAUAUUGGAAACUGGGACUCAAUCUGAUGGGUUCUCGAAGGCUGAGAAUUACUAAUGGAUAAAACCCUAGAACCAUGGAAACAUUGUCACCUCCGAGCUGUCUCUGAACAUUCAAUGCGCACAUCCAUGGAAAAAGAGCUACUGUCCUGCUACUGUAUAUGCUGCACACAUCGGUCUCAUGUUGCUUUCAACUAUUUGAUUUAAGCAACUAAGGAGGACAUAUAAUACUUAAAGGGGUAUUCCGGUGUCUAUGAAAAAUAUGUGGUACAGAUUACAACUGUUUUUUUCAGUAGUUUUCAAUAUAAUUACUCACUAAAUUGUGGCCCAAAAUGUAGUUUUUAUUUCCUGUUGCAAGGGGGUUAGGAUCUCUCAUAUUGCAAAUGCAGCUGACCUUAAAUUACAUUCAUAUUCACACAUAGGGGAUUAGGCAGAUCAGCAGCCCCCUAGUGUACCUGCUCCAAUGUGAUGUGUACUUCAUACCCACAGCUGUUCAGACUAUUGUCACAUAGAAAGAAAAAUAUAAGGGCACUCUUCCAUGUGGCGGUAUCGUCCUGCAGCUGCCGCAUUCGAUUCUUAAAGGGGUAUUCCAGGUUUAUACAUAUCCCCUAUCCAAAGGAUAGGGGAUAAGAGGUAUGAUCACAGGGGUCCUGCCGAUGGGGACGUGAUGUCACGCCACGUCCCUUCCAUUCAUGUCUAUGGGAGGGGGUGAGACGGCCGUCACACUCCUAUAGACGUGAAAGGAGGGGGCAUAGUGUGACGUCAAGUCCCCGUCUCGGAAGCAGCGCCCGGCACAGAAUGCCGGGGCUGCACCGAGAUCACGGGGGUCUCUUUAGCGGCAGGGCCCCUGCGAUCAUACAUCUUAUACCCUAUCCUUUGGAUAGGGGAUAAGAUGUAUAAGCCCGGAAUACCCCUUUAAUCGUAAAUGGCACCUGGACCUGGCGCACUAAGCAGUAGCAGGUCCAGUUGCUGCCUGCAACUUAGAAACGCUGUUGCCGCGGCAGGCUGGUACUGCAACAUGUAAGAGUGCCCUUACAGCCUUAAAUAGGAUUUUCCCUUAAGUAUGUAUCUGUACACACACACACACAUAUAUAUAUAUUUUCUGAUUUCUAGUUUUUAGACUAAUGCCAGAAUACCCCUUUAAAUUGUGAAAAAGAACCCAUUCACAACCCUGUUAUUUUGUGUUCCACCUUGUAAACUGAAGUGUCUCUUCGUAAGGCAAAAUUGGAAUCACUUUUUUGAUGGCAUUUAACUUAUGGGAGACAGAAAAAAAUCUUUGCACUGUUUGGCACUGUAGACAAUUUAUUUGCUCUGCCAGUGCCGAUAUUAUUUAUAUCUUUUAGCAGUUUUUUUUGGGGGGGAGUUUUUGUCUGUUUUCUAAUUUUUCAUUUUUUUUUAGCUGCCAUUAGUGCUGGGCGGUAUAACUGUUCAUGCCGAAUACCGGUGUGUUUUCUGUUUACGAUAUCAAUUUUUGCAUAUACUGGUCGGGCACAUCCUCCCCAUGUCGGGAAAUGAAUGAUUUGUGAGCCGUGGGCGCAGGACUUCUGUUCUGAUUGGAGAACGGAAGCUGUCACCUCCCCUGCAAGCACUGAAAG